AUGGCGAAACGGUGCGAUAUGAACCUUGUCGCGCUGAACUAUACCCCUACGCAUCUUCCAGCCAUCAACAAGCCACCAGCCCGCCCACAACUCGACCUGCACCUGCGAGCGAACAAGGCAAUCCGCAGCAACGGUGCUGUCGCCGCGCCCGCCUCUGCACUCCAGUGCAACAAACCAGAGGCCCCCUUCGGCCUCUCCGAGCGCGACAACACCAGAGUCAGCAGAGAGCACAACAACACAAAGUCGCGGCGCAUGGUUUCCUAUCCAGACUCGACGAGUGCCGAGCGCUCAUUGCCCAUCCGGCGCCCGUCUUCGGUCGUCUCGCACUCGUCGCGCGCCUCGACCGUUCGACGACAUCGCCAACAUCGCUCCAAUGUGGGAGGUCCGUCGCUAGCGCCGCAGAACGAGUUCCCCAUCUUCACCCACACGGGCGACGUCGAAGUCGUAAUCAGCAACGGCCGCCGGGAACAGCGCUAUCUGCUGCACAAGUUGAUUCUGACCCAAUGCUCUGGUUUCUUCGAGGCCGGCACAAGCGAUGAGUGGGCCAGCGCCGGCGAUGUGACCAACGCGGGACCUAGCAACGGCACUCUCUUGGCAAGAAUACCGUCAGGCUCGCGACCGGAGCAAAAGAAGAAGUGGAGGUAUGAAUUGGACUGGGGCAGCGGCGAGGAUGACCUCCCCAUGCUGGUGCAGAAGAAGAACCCACCCACAAUGUUCGGCGGCGACCCAGCUCCACCCGCGCAACCACCUCCGGCACGCAACAAACCCGCCGCACCGCAAUCAGGUUUCUUCCGUAGCAUGGUCAACAUCUCUACCUUGCACGCUCCAGCAACGCCUGCCAUUCCAGAGGAAGACCCUGAUGACGACACGUUUCGCGACUACGAUAACCUUUUCCGCAUAUUCUACAAUUACCCACCUUCGCUCGACACUGUAAACAUCGCGAGUGCAUAUGUAGAGUGCAAAUCGCUGCUCCAACUCGCAGACAUGUAUGAUGCACUUGGUGUCAUUGGUCCCCGCGUAGACCACCACCUGCUCCGCUUCCAGGGACGACUAUGGAAGCAAAUCGCGAAAUACCCGCCCAGCUACCUCAAGCUUGGCUACAUGGCUCGUAGUAAAGCCAUAUUCGCGGAAGCCAUGGUGCACGUGGUCGGGCAGUGGCCACAGGGCAUUAACCAGUUGCGCGGUCAGAUCUCUGAGCCAGUCAUUGAGCUGAUAGAAGACAAGGUUGAUGAGAUGGACGAACUCAAGGCCAAGAUUGAAGUCAAGCUAUUCCGACUCUCCCUAACGACAAGUCGCGGCGAACGUGUUAGCCCUUCAAGCAAUUGGUUAGACUGGAUCGCAGUUUCCCUGUUCCGGCAAUGGCUUGCAGAGAACACGACCCCACCCCCGGCGCCUAUCCUCAAGUCACCACGACCCCAGAACGCACGAGAGGGUGCGCCCUUGCCUGCUCCACCAGUCUUCAACACCGGUCGCAUCUUCCGUUUACUUGGUCAAGGUGGCUCCAGUUACCUCAACCACGAUGAGUGCAAGCGUUUCCUGCGUCUAAACCCGGACCACUACAACCGCGACAACCUAAAGCGUUUCGAGCGCAGGAUCGAUGAAAUCAAGAACAAAGCCAAAGACGCCGUGAAGCCGCUCAUGCGCAACUUCCUCGAAUUGGAUCUACGAGAGGGCGGCCUCCCGUAUUUGACUUGCACGAGGAUCGAUCCACAGGACUUCCCAUGGGACGAUAUAUAA